UCUAGCUGACCCGUUCUCCUUCUGAAGGGGCCCUCUCUAGCAUCAACUCUAGUCGACGUAGUCUAUAUCAUGUUACACUUCCGCCGUCUAGUUACCCUUCUGCAUCACCAUAUUAUUCUCUUACAAAAUAUUUUGCGAGACUCGUUAAGAAAAAAAUUAUAACGAGACAAAUGCUGCGUAAACUUUUACAUGAAAAAACAUGGGCAAAAGCACUGGAAUUAACAGGUUUACCAGUGAGGCGAAGACAUAAAAAUCAUAUUAAACUUAAAAUUGAUAACGACGGUACAAUUGCAACAGAUACAGAAUAUUUGACCAGCGACAGAGAAUCAGGUGACAGUGAUAGAGAAGUUGAAAUAACUGAAAGUUAUGAAAAUUCAAGUGGUGCAGACGCUGAAGCCAGUAGUUCCACGAAAAUGUCAAGGCAAAAUGCUGUAGAUAGCAUUGGUCCAAGAACCAUAUCAUCGUCUGGUAGUAGUUGGGGUAGUAAUUUUGGAUACGUUCGCUAUUUCGAUACUUCUACAGAUAUGCAGUUUGAUGUCCCUGAAACAAAAAUUAAAGGAGAUUGUACAAAAAAUUUGUUUAUGACAGAUUCAUCUAAAGCAGAUAACAUGAAUGCUGAUUUAGUAGAUUACAGUUUGCAAAGAUCAUCUCGAAACAAUAACUUAAAUGUUCGUAAUAAUGUCCAACAUUCCGAUAGCGCCGAAAAUUCUAGUUUCGAAAUUAGAAAUUACAUGGGUUGUGAAGAUCUAGUAAAUAUGGAUCAAAAUAUGCAAAUCAAUAAUAUAAUACACGAAGAAACUGAUUUUAUUCCAACCAGGCGAAGUUAUCCUAACUACAGUGCCCGAAAUGAUAUAAUACCUAAACUAUGGAAGUCCACCGAGGAGAGUUAUUCCUAUGAAGAUCAAUGUAAUAACAAUAUUGUCAUGUCAGAUUUACUAAAAGUUCUUGAUCCUCCGUCGCCUAAAUAUGAUCGACACUAUUCUAUAGGUUCGAUAAUUAUAGAACCACCGCCUAUGUUCCGUAAUGACGAAGAAGAUCUUAAAAUAAUAAAUGUUAAUUUGAAUGCCAAUGUACCAUUUCGUAAACAUUCGCUCAAUUCAGAUAAAAGAAUUAGGCGAUCUGUGUCAAGAUCAAUGGUGGAAACAGAAAAUAAGAAUAAUAAUAAUAAUCAUUUAGAAAGAAUGAGUUCUCAAUCUGAAUCUUCAAAAAUGCGUCGCAAAUGUGAGUGCUGUAAUAGAUCGCUAUGUCCGAGCCCACGGUCUUCGGACUCGGGAGUUGCGGGGAGUUGUAAUUUGGCAUCACCAGAAUUAAACAUGCAUGGAAAUGAUUCCGACAGUCAUGACAAAGCAUCCGAUGAUUUAAAGGACUCACUCAAUAACUUAUCUCAAAGUACUUUAGAAAAUCGAAAGCUAACUUUAUCGGAGAUUGAAGCUGCUACUUUUGAAGAACAGUGCAGAUGUACAUCGCCGUUUGGCUCGACAGCGAGAACGUCUUGUGACACAAGCGUUACUUCAGAGACUAGCUUUGACGUGAAAGACUUAUCGAACACAAAUCUUAAAUCGACAUAUGUAGCAACACCUCCUUUGCUUUCGCCACUAAUAAAACGAACAUCUAUACGUAGAAAUAUAGAACGAUAUGUGCCCGAAAUAAAAAUUAAACCUGAAGUACCUCCUCGCGUUUAUCGAAAGCCCAGUACGCACAUAGAAAUUCCUAAAAAUGUUCGACAGCCGGUAGCUAGCCAAUGGAGCACUAUAAACAUAACCGAGCGCACAAAGCCUAGUUUGCAUUACCACAUGCGUAUAUACAGAGAAAAACAAGAUGAUGACACGAAUAGGUUAUCACGAAAAGAUAUUUCACGUAAUUGCGAUAUUUAUAACAAAGAAAAUAAACGCAAAUGUGACAGAUCUUCUGUAGUAGAUCAGAAAACUCGUUCGCGUAGUGAAGAUAUGUCGAAAUCGCAGAAGGGUUUGACGGAAGCUAAAACGGGCUUUGUGGUGUACCGGUCCGACCUGUACGCCCAUUGGUGGAUGAAAGCCAAAUUACCUAUUACCGUGGUCACCGACUCAGAUGGCCAUGAGCGACAGUAAUAACGAGUUGUCUUCGGGCCUCGGUAACCACAAAAGAUCCCAUUCAUUCAACAACCACCAAAGCUACACUCAACAUACUCAGCAAAC